AUGCCCCGAAGGAAGCAAAGCCACCCGCAGCCCGUGAAAUGCGAGGGGGUCAAAGUGGAUACCGAAGACUCCCUCGACGAAGGACCCGGGGCCCUGGUAUUGGAGAGUGAUUUGCUACUAGGCCAGGAUCUGGAGUUUGAAGAGGAGGAGGAAGAGGAAGAGGAGGAAGGUGACCGCAACAGCGACCAGCUCAUGGGCUUCGAGAGAGACUCUGAAGGAGACUCUCUGGGGGCCAGGCCUGGGCUUCCCUACGGGCUGAGUGACGACGAGUCUGGGGGCGGCCGGGCACUAAGCGCAGAGAGUGAAGUUGAGGAGCCAGCCAGGGGUCCAGGGGAGGCCAGGGGUGAGAGGCCAGGCCCAGCCUGCCAGCUGUGUGGGGGGCCCACAGGUGAGGGGCCGUGUUGCGGGGCAGGAGGACCGGGUGGGGGGCCCCCGCUGCCCCCACGGCUACUGUACUCAUGCCGCCUCUGCGCCUUCGUGUCCCACUACUCGAGUCACCUGAAGCGGCACAUGCAGACACACAGCGGGGAGAAGCCGUUCCGCUGUGGCCGCUGCCCCUACGCCUCAGCCCAGCUCGUCAACCUGACACGACACACCCGCACCCACACUGGCGAGAAGCCCUACCGCUGUCCCCACUGCCCCUUUGCCUGCAGCAGCCUGGGCAACCUGAGGCGGCAUCAGCGCACCCAUGGGGGGCCCCCCACUCCUCCCUGCCCGACCUGUGGCUUCCGCUGCUGUGCUCCACGUCCUGCCCGGCCUCCCAGUCCCACAGAGCAGGAGGGGGCAGUGCCUCGGCGACCCGAAGAUGCCCUGCUGCUUCCAGAUCUGAGCCUCCAUGUGUCACCAGGUGGUGCCAGCUUCCUGCCGGACUGUGGGCAGCUGCGGGGUGAAGGGGAAGGCCUGUGUGGGACUGGGUCAGAACCACUGCCAGAGCUGCUGUUCCCUUGGACCUGCCGGAACUGUGGGCAAGAGCUGGAGGAGGGGGAGGGCAGUCGGCUGGGACCAGCCACGUGUGGGCGCUGCAUGCGAGGAGAGACUGAAGGUGGUGCCAGUGGGGGACCCCAGGGCCCCAGUGACAAAGGCUUCGCCUGCAGCCUCUGUCCCUUUGCCACUCAUUAUCCCAACCACUUGGCUCGGCACAUGAAGACGCACAGCGGUGAGAAGCCCUUCCGCUGUGCCCGUUGUCCCUAUGCCUCUGCUCACCUGGACAAUCUGAAACGGCAUCAGCGCGUCCACACAGGAGAGAAACCCUACAAGUGCCCCCUCUGCCCCUAUGCCUGUGGUAACCUGGCCAACCUCAAACGUCAUGGUCGGAUCCACUCUGGGGACAAACCUUUUCGGUGUAGCCUUUGCAACUACAGCUGCAAUCAGAGUAUGAACCUCAAACGCCACAUGCUGCGGCACACAGGCGAGAAGCCCUUCCGCUGUGCCACCUGCGCCUAUACCACGGGCCACUGGGACAACUACAAGCGCCACCAAAAGGUGCAUGGCCAUGGGGGGGUGGGAGGGCCUGGCCUCUCUGCCUCUGAGGGCUGGGCCCCACCUCACAGUCCUCCCCCUGUUUUGAGCUCUCGGGGCCCAACAGCCCUGGGUGCCACCAGUAGCCGAGCUCUCCAUACAGACUCACCCUGA